AUGAGAAGACUUAAUGGCCGCAGAAGAAUUACAAUCGCGAGGGUGCAAAAUUCAAGAAAUAGACAAGUUACGUUCUCAAAACGACGUAAUGGCCUAUUUAAAAAGGCAAGUGAGCUAUGUACUUUAUGUGGUGCUUAUGUUGUUGUUGUGAUUUUUUCUUCUAGAAACAAAAUAUACUCAUGUGGACAUCCUUCCGUCGAAUUUAUUGUGGAUAAAUUUCUUGGAGAGAAUCCUCAACCAGAUACUGAUGCUUCUAACCCCGACACUGAUUCUCCUAACCCCGACACUGAUGCUCCUAACCCCAUCGUUGUAACUCAUCAAAAUGCCCAUGUUGAUGAGAUCAAUAAAAAACUAAACAAAUUGGAGAAUUCACUCAAAAGAGAAAAGAAAUAUGGAGAAGCUCUUCAAGCAUUAAGGAAUGAACUUCCAUAUGAAAAACUCGGCUUUCUUAACCUUACAAAAUUGAGUGAGGCUUUGGAAGCUGCAGAUGAAGAAGUUGAAAGAGUAGCCAGCCAACUUAGGGAGGGUAAUAUUGAAUUUCCAUAUCAAAUCAUUGGAAGUGCCCUUGCUCCUUUAAGAGUUGAGGAAAACAUUUCGUCCGAUCCCGAUGAAGGGUCAUCUGGAUCCCAUGAAUAG